AAACCGAUUAUAAUGCCUGGGUUGUGCUGCCACUGCUGCUUGUUGGGUCCUGACAUUUACCGGCGCGCAAUUGAUGACAUCAACAAACCGCACCUGGAACCAAAACAACAACAGAAGAGUGUGGUUAGUGUGGCUAACAGGUUGCCCGCUAGUUGCUUCACAAAAUGUCUGCGGUCUGGAAUUUUUUUAACGUUUCACCUGCGGAUAGCAGAUUUGCGGUUUGUAAAGAUUGUGAGGCGCAUGUCAUGCGAGGGGGGAGCAAGGCUUCGUCAUUCAACACUUCGAAUUUAAUCUGUCACAUUAAGAAGAACCACCCCGAGGCACACGAAGCGUUUUUGCAGCAAAGUAAGGCAAAACAACAACGAGGAAAGGACUCCCUGCAGAAAACAACGCAACUGUCGCUCAAACAGUCAGCAGAAAAAAAAAUGAAAUACAACAAGGAACACCCGAGAGCGAAAGCUAUCAGCCAAAAAAUCAUGGAGUGCAUUGCACUGGAUAAUCAGCCGUUUUCAAUCGCGCAAGACGCCGGAUUCAGCAAACUUGUGGAGUUCCUCGAGCCGCGCUUUGCCAUGCCCAGUCGCAAGAAUUUCUCUGAUGUUUGCCUCCCCGAGUUGUACAGUGUUGUUUAUGAACACGUCGAGAAGCUAAUUUCUGAUGCUGUAGCCAUUAGUUUCACGACAGAUAUCUGGUCUUCAAGCGUUAGCCAGGUUAGCAUGCUGAGCUUGACGGCUCAAUGGCUGGACCCGGACUUUAAGCUCGUCAAGACUGUGCUUCAUUCUCAAGAGUGCCGUGGGUCUCACACGGCACAAGCGAUCACAUGUGCCUUUGAAAAGAUGUUUGAAACAUGGAAAAUCUCCAAGGAGAGGGUGCAUGUAAUAGUUCGGGACAACGCACGCAACAUGGCUAAAGCUACGUCGGAGUUUGGUGUGCUAAGUCUGCCCUGCAUGGCACACACCUUGCAGCUGGCAGUGAACGGAGGUGCCCUGUCUCAACGCAACAUAGCAGAUGCUCUGGCUGUGGGUAGACGUGUGAUAGGCCACUUCAAACACUCACCACUGGCUUGCAGUCGUUUUGAAGACAUACAAAAAGAACUCAACAUGCCUGUGAAAAAGCUGCAACAGGAUGUAUCCACUAGGUGGAAUUCCACCUAUUAUAUGAUGCAGAGACUGGUGGAGCAGAAGAGAGCAUUGAGUGCAUAUGCUGCAGAUUAUGAACUCCCAGCAACAUUGAAUGCAACUCAGUGGGGGAUUCUGGAGAAGAUGACCAACCUCCUGGAACCAUUUGAACAACUUACCAAAGACAUCAGCUCUGCGGAGGCCACUGCUGCAGAUGUCAUCCCUGCUGUGAUGUCCCUCACACGGCUGCUGGCCAGGGUUGAUGAGUCAGACAAGGGUGUGUUAACGGCCAAACGUACUCUACUCGAAGCUGUCUGUAAUCGCUUUAAUGGUGUUCAAAGUGAACCACUGUAUGCCAUUGCAACCUUGGUUGAUGCUCGUUACAAAGAUCGGUAUUUUGACUCAGACAAGAAGGGGGAAGCACUGAAUAUGCUGCUGAGUGUUGUGGAUGAAAUGGCUGGUGGUGGUAACGAUCAGCAGGAAGAGACUGCUGGUGCCAGAUCAGAUGACCCAAGCCAGGAGGACGGGGACCCAAGACAAGAGGAAAGGAACCCAAGACAGGAGGACGGGAACCCAAGACCACCUAAGAAGGCCCGAAAUGAAAGCCUGCAGGACAUGUACCAAGAAAUCCUGGCAGAGAAUGAUAUCAUCACUCAAGCAACUACAGGCGAAACAGCUUCACAGGUGCAUACAUACCUGGGAGAAGUCCUCAUCCUCAAGAAAGAAUGCCCUUUGAGCUACUGGAAGAGCAACCAGGCCCGCUUCCCUGCUCUUGCCCGUGUAGCACGCAAGUACCUCACUGCACCCUGCACCAGUGUAGACAGCGAACGGCUGUUCAGUGCUGUCUCGCAUGUCAUCGACGAGAAGAGGAAUCGUAUACAUUGCGACAAUGCUGAGAUGCUUAUUUUCAUUCAGAAAAAUCUCCCUCUUAAACAGUAGUACGAGGAUGAGAAUUAGAGCACUUUAAGUCGUUGCACUCUAAUUUAUGUUUGCUUCUUUCAAGUGAAGCUGUUUUUAGUUUUGUGCCUUUUUUAUUUGCACAUUUUUUGUUAUUCAUUAUGAAAGAGAGGGCAGAAAGAAACGGUUUAUAUUUGUAAUGAUUGUUUUAGCCAAGUUAUGGACAGUUACAUAUGGCCCAUCAAUCUUUCAGCAUCAUUUUCUGGACAAAAGGAGAACUUUGUUUACUACUCUGGAAGGAUUGAACUGAACUGUGUGCCUUUCUUGUUUUUAUUGCACACCACAUUAAUAUUACAGAUUGUGUUUUUGCUCAUGUUUAGCAGGCUGAUUGAGCCCAGUUUAUAUUUUAAAUUGACAAAUACUGUAUUAGUCCAAGUAAUGGGCUAAGGACUGAGUCUGUCUCUAGGCUAUAUCUUUGCACUUUUAUUUCCUUUGUGUGCACUUUACCUCAUUCCAAAAGUGUUGUUUGUUGUACCUCAUAGAAAUUUGUUUUCAGUAGGCUGUCCUACACUACACAUGUUUACUUUAAAUGCUGUAUGAAGUUGUACAGGACAACAAUGUUGUUGUUUUGUUUUUUUACAAUUUGUGAAGAAAUCAGAUUUGUCCUAGUUGUAAUGGGCAUUGUCAGGAUGA